CCGCCGGGCCACUUCAAGGAUCCCAAGCGGCUGUACUGCAAGAACGGCGGCUUCUUCCUGCGCAUCAACCCCGACGGCAGGGUGGACGGCGUCCGCGAGAAGAGCGACCCGCACAUCAAAUUACAACUGCAAGCAGAAGAAAGAGGAGUGGUAUCAAUUAAAGGUGUAUGUGCAAAUCGCUUCCUUGCCAUGAAGGAAGACGGCAGAUUAUUGGGAUUGAAAUGUGUAACAGAAGAAUGUUUCUUUUUUGAGCGCUUGGAAUCCAACAACUACAACACUUACCGGUCACGGAAAUAUUCUGAUUGGUAUGUGGCACUGAAAAGAACUGGGCAAUACAAACUCGGAUCUAAAACUGGACCAGGACAGAAAGCUAUCCUUUUUCUUCCCAUGUCUGCUAAGAGCUGAUUUCAAUGGCAGAUUCCAAAGUUUAUGCCAGAACACAGUAAAGAUGUCGAUUUCCUCAUUAUUCCGAAAGUAGAAAAAUUAACAAUUUAGCUAUGCUGCUGGUGAUGGGGGUAGCAUCUUUCGUCUUGGCAAGCUCAUCAAGGUCCAUCCAUUCACACCUCAGGCACUCCUGCUGGCAGAAGCUGAUGUUGAAUGAGGAAGGCUCCAGGCGAC